AUGGUGUCGCUACUCCCUCCGCAGUCUGACGUCACACUGCCAGGCUCCACUCGACUGGAGGGCGAACCCCAAGGGGACCUCAUGCAGGCUCCGGGCCUCCCAGGCUCCCCUGCACCACAGAGCAAGCAUGCCAACUUCAGCUGCUCGUCAUUUGUGCCUGAAGGCCCCCCAGAGAGAGCACCCUCACUGCCCCCCCACAGCCCAAGCAUUGCAUCUCCAGGCCCAGAGCAAAUCCAGGGCCACUGCACAGCUGGACCCGGCCCAGGCUCCUUCUGCCCCUCUCCCUCAGACAAGUAUCCUGGCUUUGGCUUUGAGGAGGGCCCAGCAGGCAGCCCAGGGCGCUUCCUCAAGAGCAACCACAUGCCUUUCCACCCCUACAAGAGGCACUUCCAUGAGGACAUCUUCCCGGAGGCCCAGACGGCCAUGACCCUUGAUGGACACUCCUUUAAGACUCCGGGGGCACUGGAAGCGUUCGAAGAGAUUCCUGUGGAUGUGGGGGAUACUGAGGCCUUCCUGCCUGGCUUCCCAGCAGAGGCUUGGUGCAACGGACUCCCUUACCCCAGUCAGGAACACAGCCAAGUUUUGCAGAGAUCAGAAGUUAAGGUCAAGGCCCCAGCUCUGGACAGCGGCCCUGCCAUGUACUGCUACCAGCCUCCCAUGCAGCAGCAUAUGUACUGCUCUUCUCAGCCUGCCUUCCACCAGUACUCCCCCGGUGGAGGCAGCUACCCUGUGCCUUACCUGGGCUCGGCUCACUAUCCCUAUCAGCGGAUCACACCCCAGACCAGCGCCGACGGGCACCAGCCACUCUUCCCCAAGCCCAUCUACUCCUACAGCAUCCUCAUCUUCAUGGCCCUCAAAAACAGCAAGACCGGAAGCCUUCCAGUCAGCGAAAUCUACAACUUCAUGACAGAGCACUUCCCGUAUUUCAAGACCGCGCCUGAUGGCUGGAAGAAUUCUGUUCGCCAUAACCUGUCCCUCAACAAGUGCUUCGAGAAGGUGGAGAAUAAAUCCGGAAGUUCCUCUCGAAAGGGCUGUCUGUGGGCCCUCAAUCCUUCCAAGAUCGACAAGAUGCAGGAAGAGCUGCAGAAAUGGAAGAGGAAGGACCCCAUCGCUGUGCGCAAAAGCAUGGCCAAACCAGAAGAGCUGGACAGCCUCAUUGGAGACAAAAGGGAGAAAUUGAGCUCUCCGCUGCUCGGCUGUCCACCCCCUGGGAUGGCAGGCCCAGGCUCCAUCCGGCCUCUGGCACCCUCAGCUGGUCUCUCUCAACCUCUGCACCCAAUGCACCCAGCUCCAGGCCCCAUGCCUGGCAAGAACCCUCUGCAGGACCUACUAGGUGGUCAUGCACCCUCCUGCUACGGGCAGACCUACCCACAUCUUUCUCCCAGCCUGGCCCCUUCUGGACACCCGCAGCCAUUGUUCCCACAGCCAGAUGGGCAUCUGGAGCUGCAGGCCCAGCCGGUCACCCCCCAGGACUCACCUCUACCUGCCCACACACCACCCAGCCACAGUGCCAAGCUUCUGGCUGAGCCUUCCCCAGCCAGGACCGUGCACGAUACUCUGCUGCCAGAUGGAGACCUUGGUACUGACCUGGACGCCAUCAAUCCCUCUCUCACCGACUUUGACUUCCAGGGAAAUCUGUGGGAGCAGCUGAAGGAUGACAGCUUGGCCCUGGACCCCCUGGUGCUGGUGACCUCGUCCCCGACGUCGUCAUCCUCCAUGUUGCCACCCCCACCAGCAGCCCAUUGCUUGCCCCCAGGGCCCUGUCUGUCAGAAACAGGCAACGGGGCGGCUGAACUGGCUCCUCCAGGCAGCGGGGGCUCCGGGGCCCUGGGAGACCUGCACCUCAGCACCCUCUAUUCGGCCUUUGUGGAACUGGAACCCACGCCCUCCUCAGCUGCCGCCGGCCCUGCUGUGUACCUCAGUCCCGGCUCCAAGCCAAUGGCGCUGGCUUGAGCUGUGUCCAACGUCAGCUCCCGCCUUUUCCUGGACUGAAGUCCCAGCUAGCUGCCCAUAGCGGGCUCACCUUAAAGGUCACGGAAGGAAAACACUACCUGUCUCCUAUGCCACUCAGCCAGCUUGUUAACCGACAGCCGGGGGACCCACCCAGGAUGCUGCCUGAUGGACCCGCUCCUCACGCGGGGACCCAGCAGGGCAGGUGUCCGCAAAGAAGCAACAGCGCGCCCCCUAGCGCCAGCUCCCUCGAACUUCAGCUCUCAAGCGGGCAGGGAUGCUCAACACACCGGCUCACGCGCCUUACACGCAGAGGUAGCCACAGACCAUCGCAGAGACUGCCUUGAUUUCUAGGGUUAGCGAAGCUCAAGGCCAGUGCGACAGGUCACAGACCCCCCUCCUCCCCAAGCCUCAUCUAAUUCCCGUGUGCUCUGUAGGCCUGGCCCACUCCAGUAAUGUUCUCUCCCGGAAGUCUGUAUUUAUUCUCCCAUCUUCACCCCUGCGCCCACAAGGGCUCCUCCCAUGUGGCCUGUGAACCCCUUAGGGAGACUGCUACUUCAUAGUCAGGCUUUACCAAUCCAUCCUCAGUAUAUACUCUGGCUGGCCACCUCCAGGGUGACCCACAGAAAGGCAGUAUCUACCAAACUGAGCCCAAAUCCAACACAAAGUGCUUGGAAACACCCUUGUCCUCGGAAACUUGAACUUGUCCUCCUCCCGUAGUCUCAGUCACACGAAGGGUCCCCUCCAGGUUGCCAUAGUCUCACUCUUUCUCAAAGAGAAGGUCACAUGGUUCAGGUCCAGCUUACUAGUUGCUGUCAACGGUCUCAAGCAUUCUGGGUAACCAGAGAUUGCAGCCUGCUACAGGAUAUGUGUAUGGUGUGUGUAACCACACACACACACAC